CAUCCGCCAUUUUGUGCGAAGCAAGGUGGCCUCCACGUUCCCCGAGCGUCUUCUUCGCUUCUGCCUCGACCGCCCCUUGAUCACAGACAUGUCUCGGGAUCGGUUCCGGAGUCGCGGCGGUGGCGGUGGCGGUUUCCACCGUCGCGGAGGAGGCGGUGGCCGUGGCGGUCUCCACGAUUUCCGCUCUCCGCCGCCCGGCAUGGGCCUCAAUCAGAACCGCGGCCCCAUGGGCCCAGGCCCAGGCGGCCCUAAGCCCCCGAUCCCGCCGCCGCCUCCGCACCAGCAGCAGCAGCAGCAGCAGCCGCCGCCGCAGCAGCAGCCGCCGCCACAGCAGCCGCCGCCGCAUCAACAGCCGCCACCGCAUCAGCCACCGCACCAGCAGCCGCCACCGCCGCCGCAGGAUUCGUCCAAGCCCGUGGUUCCUCAGGGGCCCGGCCCCGCUACCGGAGUAGGCAGCGCGCCUCCGGCCUCCGGCUCUGCCCCGCCCGCUACUCCCCCGACCACUGGGGCCCCGCCGGGACCGGGCCCCACCCCGACCCCGCCGCCCGCCGUCACCUCCGCCCCACCGGGAGCGCCUCCGCCCGCGCCGCCGACCAGCGGCGUCCCGACCACUCCCCCCCAGGCCGGCGGCCCGCCACCUCCACCUGCGGGCGGCCCGGGCCCAGGGCCUAAGCAGGGCCCGGGACCCGGAGGCCCCAAAGGCGGCAAGCUGCCUGGAGGGCCGAAGCCCGGCGGCGGCCCGGGCCUGAGUGCUCCCGGGGGCCACCCCAAGCCGCCGCACCGAGGAGGCGGGGAGCCCCGUGGGGGCCGCCAGCACCACCCGCCCUACCACCAGCAGCACCACCAGGGUCCCCCGCCCGGCGGGCCCGGCGGCCGCAGCGAGGAGAAGAUCUCCGACUCGGAGGGGUUUAAAGCUAACUUGUCUCUCUUGAGGAGGCCUGGAGAGAAAACCUACACACAGCGUUGUCGGUUAUUUGUUGGGAAUCUCCCCGCUGAUAUCACAGAAGAUGAAUUCAAAAGACUGUUUGCAAAAUACGGAGAACCAGGAGAAGUUUUUAUCAAUAAAGGCAAAGGAUUCGGAUUUAUUAAACUUGAAUCUAGAGCCUUGGCUGAAAUUGCCAAAGCUGAACUUGACGAUACACCCAUGAGAGGUAGACAGCUUCGGGUUCGCUUUGCCACACAUGCUGCUGCCCUCUCUGUUCGUAAUCUUUCACCUUAUGUUUCCAAUGAACUGUUGGAAGAAGCCUUUAGCCAGUUUGGUCCUAUUGAAAGGGCUGUUGUAAUUGUGGAUGAUCGUGGUAGAUCUACAGGGAAAGGCAUUGUUGAAUUUGCUUCUAAACCAGCAGCAAGAAAAGCAUUUGAACGAUGCAGUGAAGGUGUUUUCCUACUGACAACAACUCCUCGUCCAGUCAUUGUGGAACCACUUGAACAAUUAGAUGAUGAAGAUGGUCUUCCUGAAAAACUUGCGCAGAAGAAUCCAAUGUAUCAAAAGGAGAGAGAAACGCCACCUCGCUUUGCUCAGCAUGGCACAUUUGAGUAUGAAUAUUCUCAGAGGUGGAAGUCCUUGGAUGAAAUGGAAAAACAGCAAAGGGAACAAGUUGAAAAAAACAUGAAGGAUGCAAAAGACAAGUUGGAAAGUGAAAUGGAAGAUGCCUAUCAUGAGCAUCAGGCAAAUCUUUUGCGCCAAGAUCUGAUGAGACGCCAGGAAGAAUUAAGACGAAUGGAAGAACUUCACAAUCAAGAAAUGCAGAAACGUAAAGAAAUGCAAUUGAGGCAAGAGGAGGAACGACGUAGAAGGGAGGAAGAGAUGAUGAUUCGCCAACGUGAGAUGGAAGAACAAAUGAGACGCCAAAGAGAAGAAAGUUAUAGCCGAAUGGGCUACAUGGAUCCAAGAGAAAGAGACAUGAGAAUGGGUGGUGGAGGAGCAAUGAACAUGGGAGAUCCUUAUGGUUCAGGAGGCCAGAAAUUUCCACCUCUAGGUGGUGGUGGUGGCAUAGGUUAUGAAGCUAAUCCUGGCGUUCCACCAGCAACUAUGAGUGGUUCCAUGAUGGGAAGCGACAUGCGUACUGAGCGCUUUGGGCAGGGAGGUGCGGGGCCUGUGGGUGGACAGGGUCCUAGAGGAAUGGGCCCUGGAACUCCAGCAGGAUAUGGUAGAGGGAGAGAAGAAUAUGAAGGCCCAAACAAAAAACCCCGAUUUUAGAUGUGAUAUCUAGGCUUUCAUUCCAGUUUGUUUUUGUCUUUUCUUGUUUAGAUACCACUUUUAAAUUCUUGCAUUUUAGUAAGAAAGCUACCUUUUUAUGGAUGUUAGCAGUUUAUUGACCUAAUAUUUGUAAAUGGUCUGUUUGGGCAGGUAAAAUUAUGUAAUGCAGUGUUUGAAACAGGAGAAAAGUUUUUUCUUUUUGCUUUUUCUUUUCUCUUUCCUUUUUCUUUUUUUUUCCAUUUUUUUUAACUGUAUAAUGUCCCUCAAGUUAAUGGCAGUGUACCUUGUGCCACCGAAUUUCCAAAGUGUACCGAUUUUUUUUUUACUGUGCUUCAAAUAAAUAGAAAAAUAGUUAUAAUACUGAUCUUCAACUUUGCCAUUCAUGCUUCUAUGCACAUUAGGCUAGGUAUUCCACUUUGAAAGCAUGAGAGUGUUGAGGCCUUUGAAUGGCAGGCAUAUGCCAUUUCUGGGAAAUGUAUGUGGAGGCUAAGUAUUGCUUUCUACAAGUAAUUGCCCCCUUGUUUUAAAAAGAAGAAAUGCAGAUUUGAAGUAGUUCACGAUUGUUUGGCAUUAUAGGAAGCAAGGUGGUGCUAAGUAUUUUUAAAUGGUUAUGUAAGCAAAGCUGAACUGUAAAUCUUCAUUCAGGAAUGUGUAUUAAGAUUAUGGAAUGGGUAUAAGACUUGGUAGGGGGAGAAAGUGGGUUUGGUUAAUGGAUCUUUUAUGGCCCUAUGAUCUAUCCUUGGAAGUUUUUGAAAAAAGUGGAAAGAUCAUUUUGUCGCAUUUCCCCUAUUCUUGUUUUUAAAGAACAACAAAUCCCAAGCCCUACAAAUGGCUUGUAUUGAACUUUUACAUUUGAAUUAAAGAUUGUUAAACAUAAGCCUUUUCAUGUAUUACUUCAAGUGAUUUAUAAAGCUGGGGCUUAGUUUGAAGAAUUCAACUUGAAAAAGUAAAGUAAGGUUUAGUUAACUGUAAAAUGGGUUUAGUUCUAUUUACAUUCAUAGUCUUUUUAACUUUUACACCUUGUGCUACUUCUGUUGGGAAAAAUCUAUAGGACUAUAAAGAUCUUGGUUUUCUUCUUAAGAGCUAGUGGUGACUUUUAAUAACAAAUAGGGUUGCAGAUAACCAUCCUUAUAAAUUUGUUCACCUGUUUUUAGAUAGUUGCUUUUUGAUGUAGCACUAAAUCUCAGUGACUUGCUCAUGCUACACAGUACAAAUACCCCUUCCUUCCACCAUAAAGCUUUGGAAUGUUUCGAUGGUGUUGUCAGUUAAUUGUCAACUUCAUUGAAUUUCCUUCCAUUAGGAAAAGACUUUUUGAUUCAAUAUUAAAGUAGAUUGUUUACUGUUGUCUGUCAGUACAGUGGGAGCUUGAUUUCCCAGUGCAAAUAUGUUAGAGGAACAAUUUUUAACAGUAGGUAAAGUAAUUGAAUGGUUUAGCUUUGUUCUUAGCUAUGUUUCCAUUCAACUCUACAUUAUAGAACUUUGGAAUAUCUUCAUCCUUUUCACCUCUGUUCUUGGGGCUAAUUGGCAAAAGAAAAAUUCUAAAUCAAACUUUUUAUUACCAUGCUGAAGUUUAGUAUUGUUCCUUGAGUACAAAAGGAGACCUAUUGUUGAAACAACUGAGUAUUUUCUGCAUAGGAAAACAGGAUAAUUAUCUAAGAAAAACACUGAAGUGUAAAAAGCAUGUCACCAAAUUCUGGUUGUAGGGCUGACAGGUACAUGGUGUGUUAAUUAAGGGAGCGAAUCUCCUUAGAAAAUGUGCUAAUUUUAUUCACUGAAAACAUUUGGAAAUGGAUAGUUCUUUUACCAAGGAGGAAGUUUUGUCCCAAGUCAUUAAUGGGUGAUGCACACAUGAGAUUUUGUGUAUAGAAACAAGGGUGUUGGUUUGAAAGUAGUCCAUUACCAUUUGAAUUGUAUAGUAGGGGACUCUAUAAUGAUAAGAAAGUUAGGGGUGUUCAUGGGACACCCACGAGGGUGAACUUGAAUGUAUGUGGGUGGGGGCUGGAGGGGAAAUGGGAAAAUCUGCCUAUAAAAUUAAUGUUUCAGUUUAUUUUUCAGAUUACAUGCCUUUCUUUAUAAGGGAUGCUGGCACAGACCCCUAAAAUAAGCUUUUGGUAGUACUAUACCUUUGAAGAGUGGUGAAGGAUGCUAAUGAAUAAUCUCCUGAAAGUUGUGGCUUUUGAUAGCCUACUAAGGGCUGUAGAAUUGCUAAAUGUUGUUUAGCAAAUAAUGUUGCUGAGUUUCAACUGAACAUUUGACUUAUCAUGGAAACUGCAGUGUACCAAGGGUUGUAAAGCUACUCAAAUGGACUUUCAAUAAGUCUUGCAAUGUAAAUGAUAGUUUUUUAGCCUAAUGUGAACUUAAAUCAUCUUAAUGAGUAGUUUUCUAAAAGUGAAUGAUGAAACUUGGGGUGGGAAAUGGAAGGUAAUAAUUUUGGAAGUAUUAGCCAUUUUUCUCAUUUAAAGAAAUAUCCUGCCCCUAUUUUCCUCCUCUUCCCUUUCUCUCAUAAUUUUUAAGAGGAACACUUCGUUUUUGAACCUUAUGUCUCCAAAUCUUUAAAAACUGCAUUCUCUUGGAAGAUGCUAGUGUAUUUCAUAGGUGUCUAUAUAAACUUAACCCAUUGGCUCACGUUACUUAGUGAAAAACAAUCCUUUUUGCCUAGAACAUUAAACUCCUAAGAAUAUAAACCCCACCACUCUUUUUAGAUGUGUUAUAUCACUGAUAAAAACAAACAACAAUUUGGGAAAUUGUAAUGUUACGCCUGUGCAAUUUUUAUAAGUGGCAUAUUAUGGCAGAAAAAAAUUUUAGAUACUUGGCUUGGGCAAGCCACUAAGUUGUGGCGGAAUGUUUUGUGGUGUUCUUGGACUGCAAUUAUGCACUAUUAAAGUAGUGGCCUGCUACAUAACUGCAUUUAGCCAGCAUUUCUGCAGUGCGUAACUGUGAGGAACGUAGUACCGCAAAUGGCAAUGGACAUUAGGACCCGGAUGUAGUAUUCCUGCUUGCUCCAAGAUUCUCAUUGCCGACUGCAUACAGGUAGGUAACAAGCAAUAUAAUCUAACUUGGUGACUUGCUAUGUACUUUUAUUCCGUGGGCAUUCUGACAUCACAUUUCUGACAAUGAAAUUACAGUGCAGCACCUAACACUUGUAUGAUAAAGCUAGCUUAUAGCAAAACUGUGUGGGUCUGGGGUUAGAGCUGUAAUUUGUUAGGCAGAAUUCAGUGCUGUUGCAGUUCUCAGAUAAAAAGUGCAAACUUGAUUCUUGGUAUAUCUGACUCAGUUGUGUGGUUUCCUAUAGUUGCAUUGUAAAUGAAGAGAACAUGGAACACAUCAGUGGUGUGGGGAAGAGGGAACCAAAACCAUACUUGGGAAGGGAAGUAGGGUGCUUUUAGCACCUUGACGUGGACCAUAUAGCAUGGAUCCAUAUGGCAUGUGAUAAUUAGUCUCUGUUGUAGCAUACUGACCUGCUCAAAGGUCAGCAAUAUAAGUAAUUUCAUUAUGCAAUCUUGGUAAUUAUUCUGCAAGUUGAGUGAACUCAGACUAAACUGCAGGGUUUUUUUUGGUAAUGGGUUUCAUGGGAACACCUUUGUUACUAACUUGGGCUUAGAUGGGAAUCUAACGUGAAUAGUUCAAGUUAUGUGACUUGUUUAAAUAUGUUUAUACUCUAAACCUGGGGGAAAGUGGUGUGAAAUAUUGACUUGAUUAUAGUUGAAUACAUUUUGGGAAUCAUUCCCAAUCAUAAAACUUCGUCGUUUUCUGUAGAGUGACUGCAUUUGUUCAGAGUAGCUUUUUGAACUUGGUUCCCUUAGCUUUAGGGAUGUGAUGUUACAGUCCAAAAUGUUUAGGUACAAGAAAACAUAAGUCUUCAAAAGCACCUUCUUUGUUGCUUAGCUUUGCAUCGACUGUUGUUCCAGACCUCAAUCCAACUUAACUCUGGUCUCUGGUUUUUAGCUAGUAUGCAUGAGAAACAGCUUUUAAUGCUUUCUGCUCUGUAACUGGAAAGUUUGGUUUACUUUGCAUAAUUGCCGGUGAAAACUCUUCACAACUAUGAGAAUUUUCUUUCAUUUGUCUCAAGAAAAAUGGCUUGCUCUUUGGCAAGUAAGUCACAGGGUGGGGACAGAUUUGUACUCUACAGAUUUGUAGUUCAUUCAAGCAAACAACUUCUGAUUUUCCUGUUAGAUAAAAGAGCAACUGGUGACUAGUUUAGUUUCUUCGUAUUAAUACAAUGCAGAUUAAACAAUUUUCAGUAUUAGUGACAUGAGUACCACUAAAACUGCAUAGAACCCUCAUGGGGGAUUUCCUGUGUAAUAAUCCAUUAAAUCGGUGGCCCGCUUGCUGCCGUGGUUUAGUGACUGGGUGUUCAGAACUAAAAGCUCAGGUUUAUUUCUUAGCAGACAGUAACAAUGUUCAGAGAACUACUUGGUAUAAUAUGGGUUUAAGGAACAUCAUUGGGGUGGGGGUUAAUUUUGCUUUGUUCUGCUUACUUCAGAAUUAAUCGGCUUUUGCACUUCAGAAAAGAAACCAUUGACAAGUCUAUUCUUACUAGUUUUAAUUUGUAUGUAGCUAUGAAUUGUGACUUUUUGAAAAAGCACUCAAUCAAAAAGCUGGGAAUUAAGUGGGUUUCAGUAAUAACGCUCUAUACCGAGGUGCUUGCAUUGUAUUUCAUAAUCUUUUUUUCUUGUAACAAACAAACCAAAAUUACUUUUUAAUGAGAACACUCUUUGAGUUCAGAGGUGUGAUGCCAGAAUGCAUUUUCGUACUGUUAGGCCCUUGGAACAGAUACCGGUGCUUUCUGAAAGAUCAAAGAAAUGCAAUGGGUACUCUUCAUGCAAGGUUGCAAACCUACAAAGAACGCAUAAUAGUCUUCAUUUUCCUAAUAAAAGGGAUGCGUGUGACUAGUUUUGGACUUUUAACAUUAAUGGGGGUUGCAUGUCUCCUAUUGUUAAUCAUUGUCAGCUGCAGUGACAAGAUCUACAGUCCUGCAUUAUUUACUGCCUUUCCCUUAAUGAUUCUGGACAGGUUUUAGAGAGCUGGGGUGUUUGUUCUGGGCCUUUACUUGGUUUUGGCUUUAGCUGAUAAUGUUUCAGUGCUGUCAGCUAGUGCAGUUCUCAAAUGGCUGCCUAUUAGGGAAAGAAUUAGAGGAUUUGACUGCUCCUAAUCAUCUGUCAUUGCUGCUAGAUAAUGAUUGGCAAUUUUUAAGACUCAACUGUGGAAAUCUCACAGUUGCUGGUAAACCAUCAACCAUAAAAUGUUGCUUUUGAACACCAGUGCUGAAAAGUUUUUUUUUUUUUUUUUUUAAGGUGAAAGGGGGGCUGGACGUAGAAUAGGACAGGAAUAAUCUGGAGAAUGGGGAAGAAUGCAAAACGAUAUAGUAUCCCUUAUGGAUGGUACAUGUGCAACAGGGAAUUAUAUUUCAUAUCCUGUGGCAGUAAUGAUAUAGGGAAGAAGAAAAACCUGGAACUUGAAUUAGGCUGAGCUUUGUUUUGUGCACUGUGGCCCUGCCAGGCAUAUAGUGUGAAGGUGAAUGUCUUCUCCCUCAGAAAACCUUGGGUUCCUUGCUGUCCCAGUAAGGCAUAGCUUCCUUGCCCUAACUUAAAACUCAGUGAGGACUUGGAGGGGAAAGAAGAGGCAAAUACAUAGGAUUGCAGGGUAACAACUGCAGUGUUGUGUACUGUGGGAAGUGGGUAAGGCACUCUUGGAGGACUCCUGCUGAAGGUGGUUAGCCCACCUGAGAAUGAAAGGCAUACUUGAAUGGGGAGCAGGGUAUGUGCUUUCAUAUGAAAAGAGAGCUGAUAAAAUACUGGGUGAGGUGAACGUUGUCACAUACCUUCACAUAAGGGAUAGUAUAUUUUGGGUUGCAGUCAAACUUCAUUGUGCUCAGACUGGUGAAAAUAGGAGUUAGACUUUUGCAUUUUAAAAGAAGAUACAGUUUUCAUUCUAAUUCUGGUGUCUACUUAGUAC